UCUCCACCUGGUGCGCAAAGACAUGGCCGUGGAGAAGACGACCAAGGGUAAGAAGCUGGCGGCGACGCGGGACGACCAGCCAGAAGCUGAGGAAAACUCGCGUGUACCGUCGCCUGCGCAAAAGAAGAGAGCGUUGGCUUCCGGCGGCGGAUCGAUUUGGGGACUCCGACUCGUCGGGGUGGCUGCACUUGUCGCAGCGAUUGCCUAUGCAACGUCGAUCUUGACUGUUCGAGACUUACCAGUCCUCGUGCGAUCGCUCAUCGGUUCAGACACGUCUGUACCGUCGUCCAUCCCGGCCUCGGCCUUUGACCCUGUCGGCAACAAGUAUGCCAGUGAAAUCGUCAAGAUCUCCACUCGCAAGCUCCUCGUCCCCGACGCGUCGUGCACUGCGACUCCGGCCAUUCUGGGCGACUUGGCUCACGUCGACACUGCCCUUGGUCGUGCCAACGAACUCCGCGCCGAAAACAAGGUGUUUCUCCUCUUGAACGGCCAAAACGACGGUCUGUACGUGGAGUGGUCCAAAGACUCGGCCUGCCUCCACGCCCUUGCAGCCACAGCGGCCACCGCCCUUGGCGCGAACCCCGACUACUUUCCGAAUGGAUUGCGUUUGUACAAUGGCAUGGGGCUUCCGAUCUCGACUACCACCGACCUCGACACCGAACGCCUGGCAUACAUUUUGAUCGACUUUCAGAUCUGGGUGUGGCCUGGCAUCCGCGUCGGGUACGUUCGCCAGGUCGGCAACGUGACGAUGAAGACGAUAUCGUUAUCGCCGCUCGUGUUUGACUGCGAGGGCUUUUUCAACCUGGACGAAGCGAACGCGAUCAUCGCGCAUGGGAGCGACAAACUAACGCGAAGCCCUGUGGACUCUCCGGACGCCGUCGACGGGUACCAUGCCGACCGCACGAGCAACACAGCAUUCUUGGAUGACACUCAGUUUACGAGGGACUUCCGCACACGCACGGCGGCCCUGGCACGACUGCCAAGCCCUUCGUUCGUCGAGCGGAUGCAGUUGGUCCGGUACGAAGCGGGACAGUUCUUUCGCAAGCACGAAGAUUACUUUGAGUCCAAGGACUUUUUGGGCAAAAAGAAUGACGCGUUGAAGGACUACAAAACGUGGGCAGCGUGGGCUGCAGCAUCGAUCGACGUGCUCGAGGACAAGUCGACACUCCCCGAAGCGUUCCAUCGAGGGCAUCCAUUGUAUCCUGCCCCGGACGACAUUGUGACGUGGCAGCUGGCGCUCCUUGAGGGUUUUUUGGCCGAUACGCUUGACACAUCGUUCUAUUCCGACCACGGCGAUCAGCCGUGGGCCGACUGGCUCCUGGAGAACUUCGACAACCAAGCGCAUGGAAUCAUCGAUACGCUGCUCAAAGACAAGGAGUACAUGCUGGACGCCAUCAUUGCGAGCUGGGAGAAACGAGUGGAUGUGACGGUGCAUCCGACAUUGCAUUACGUCAAACCCAAGGAAGCCCCCAGUGCCGUGACGCAAUACUUUCGAUGGAUUCGAUGGGCCAAGGAACGUGUGGACGAUCUCGGCGACGAAGCGCCCGUCCAUGUUCGACCCGACGGCAAGGACUACCCGUCGUACCGCCUCACGUUUCAAAACAAGCUGGUCGAGUACAUUUUGAAAGACAAAACCCCCGACGAGCUCGACGCAUUCCUCGGCCCCGACUGGGCCGCGUGGCUCGACACCAACAAAGACUCGAUCGACGUGUUGCUCGAUGGCCUUCGCCUGAAACCCGAGUUGUUUUCACUGGCUGUGGAUGCAUGGACCAAGCGAGCCGGCCCGGGUUUGUUCGACUACGACGUGCCCCAGUAUCUCCACCACUUUGAGCCGAAUCGGUUUGUCACGUUGUUUUUGUACCUGAACGACGUCGACGAAGGCGGCGAGACCGUAUUCCCGUACUCCAAGGAACGACUCGUCACCAACAUUGAACGCCAAGGGAUGGACGAGUGCUCGGAAGGCCUCGCCGUACCGCCCACGAAACUUCACGCGUCGCUGUUUUACGCACAAACGCCCGAAAACAACUUGGACCCACUCAGCCUGCACGGCGGAUGUCCGCCCUCGAAAGGCGUCAAGUUUGGGGCCAACUCGUUCACGUGGAACGCCGACGCGGACGAAGGAUCCGUCGCCUGGGGGUUUUAAGCGCCGUCGAGACAGUCACGUUGAUUGCAUUCCAUAAAUCGCGUCUUGAGAGACUGCCACGUCAUUAUUUCAUUUUUAGUAUGGUUUAGGUUUUUCCUUUUGAUUGGCUAUAAAUCUGCAAAUGGAGAAACAUGAUUGGCUGUUGAAGUAAAAAAAAAA